GGGUAAGAGGAUUUUUUUGCCUAUAUAUUUUUAUAACUUUUUUGGCCAGAACACUUGAAAAUGAGCUAGGAAGAAGUAGGGAUAGUUGUGGGAAUUUGAAUAUCAGCCCCUGCCUUGAAGAAUCGAGAUUGUUCUUCUCGUCAGCUGAGGGGAGAAGAAACAAAGAGGAGCUAAGCCCAUAACGAGUCCAUAAAAAUGUCAGAGAUAAAUACACCUCCACUCCACCACCAACAUUAACUUUCUCAAUCUUCAGUUCCCUCCACUUCCCCAUGGACCAACAACCGCCUCUGCCAACCCCUAACGCUCCUCCUUCCGCCACCCCGACCCCGACCCCAACUCCCAUUCCCACGAGUUGCACCGAGCCACCCCAACAACCUCCCCCGUCACUACCACAACCACCGCGACCGCCUCAAAUUCAACCACCAAUCCCAACCCCAACCUCCGCAACACCCUCAAAAUCCUCCUCCCCAAGCCCAAACCCUAACCCUAACCCAAUCCCAAAACCCUUAUUCCCGUCACCACCACCCCAACAGCCACCGCAACCGAAACCAACUCUCCCCGCUCCUCCUCGACCCACCACCGCUACCUCAACCACCAUCACCACCACCGCAUUCUCGAGGCGGCAACAGCACUCUUCCCAUUUUACCCAUUUCUCUUCCUCUUCUCCCUCCGUCUCGUCGUCCCCUUCGCCAACUCUUUCAUCUCAGCCGAGAGGCAAUGCCAUCGGUGUACCCUCGUCGCAUUCUAGCCCUUCUCCCCCAACUCCUUUGCCCUCGCAGCCCACUUCCUUUUCGGGUUCCUUUGGCCAUUCUUUCGGUGGAGGCUCUAGUUCCAAUGUUCCCAGUGCAAGGCAGCCAAUGCAAGGAAUGGGGAUGGUGGGAUCAUCAAUUGGUUCGAGUUCGCAGAUGAGGCCAGGUGGAAUUUCUGCACACCAUCAACAAAGGCCUGUGCAAUCAUCUCUUAGACCACCUUCUGCACCAAAUAGCCAGUCCCCUGCCACCCAAAAUUUCCAAGGGCAUGGCCUUAUGAGAGUGUCAGCGGUUGGUACUUCGGGUUCUUCAACGCCAAGUACACCACAAACUACACAAUCCCUUAAUCAGCCAUGGCUAUCCUCUGGGGCACAAGGGAAGCCUCCUCUGCCACCCCCUUCAUAUAGACCACCGAUUAACUCGCCAUCCUUGCAGCAAAGGUCACAUAUUUCCCAACAACAUCAUUCCUUGCCAACAGUUUCUCAACAACAGCAUGUAUCAUCUCCACAGGUGCCACAACCUCUACCAUCACAUCAGCAGCAGGAGCAUUUCGGACAACAAUUUUCGCAAUCAAGGGUCCCACAAUCUUUACCUCAUCAACAGCAAGUUUCAAGGGCCCAGGGAUCUGCAAAUCAAAAGCCUUCUUCUCUUGCAAUGGUACAACCAAGCACAGUCCAGCCACUAAACCAAAAUAAAGCAGCUAUCACAGAAAGUGAUGAGUCUGGUGGUCGUAUUCUUAGCAAAAGGAGCAUACAUGAUCUAGUCAGCCAGAUUGAUCCAUCUGAGAAGUUGGAUCCUGAAGUUGAAGAUAUUCUUGUAGACAUUGCUGAAGACUUUGUGGAUUCUAUCACUACGUUUGGAUGCUCACUGGCCAAGCAUAGAAAAUCGGAGACAUUGGAAGCAAAAGACAUUCUUCUACAUCUUGAAAGAAACUGGCAUAUGACUCUUCCUGGAUUUUGUGGUGAUGAGAUUAAGACUUACAGAAAGCCGCUUACAAAUGAGAUUCACAAAGAGCGGCUUGCAGCUAUAAAGAAAUCAAUCUUAGUGACCGAGGCAACCAAUACUAAGCACUUCAGUGGACAAGCUGCUGUAAAUGCAAAGGGUAACCUUGGAAAAGCAGCUGCUAAUAUCUUGGGCUCCCCAAAUGUUAAAAUACGAGAAGUAACAUGAGGCUCCUUUUUUGACAAUAUUGAAUGUUGGAAACUAUUUGCAUUGAAGGAUCAAUUUGCUGAGAAGAAUUAUCAGUGAUUGGACGGGCAGACCAAACUUUUAUAGUCUACCUAGGAUACGAUGUGCAUAAAAUUCAUUUGAAGGUUCUAUUUGCACAUCUCUAAUGCCACCUUGGAGCAAGGUUGAGAAUUUUGCAAGUUGGUGCCCUUUCUUUUUAUUGGUCACCAGCUUCCAUCGACGCAGCUCGGUGUCAAGUCUAAUUGCACAGGAAAAAUUCCUUCUCCUUUUCGAAUUGUCAUAUAUGUACUUAUUAUCCAGGGGCAUAAGCUUGCCAGCAAACUAAAUACGUGAUAUUUGUGUCUCCACUGUUUUGCAAAUGAAAGAAUCAUUUUAAAAGCAA